AUGCUUAAGGUGGAAUUUCUGGGUCAUAAGGUCUCCCACAAUGGACUGGAGGCGAAAGAACUGUCUGUAUUGACUGGGCUAGCGUUUCCAGUACCACGUAGAGCCAUGCAGUCAUUUUUGGGAAGCCUGAACUACUACAGCCGCUUUAUCGAAGACUUCGCGAUCUAUGCGUCGGUUUUGUAUGAGUUGCGAGAAAUCUACUUCGCCGCGAUGAUGAAAGACACCACCCAAGUACGGAUCCAACGAGUAUUAAAGGUGGAGAAUCAAACGAUCGACCGCCAGAAGACCCUGGACCUGGAGGCGCAAGAUCUCACUGAAGUGAAUCCGCGUUGGAUCCAUGCCUACCGAUCUUUCAGUGUGCUUAAAUCCAAUAUCGCCACUACUCCGAUCUUGCUGCACUUUGAGCCAGAUCGAAGAGCUACGGUUGUGGGGUAUGCUAGUGACUGGGCCAUCUCAGGAUCGUUGAUGCAAGAAUAUGACAAGAUCUACUACCCGGUGAUAUUUGCGAGCCGUACGUUGAAGUCAAAUGAGCUGAAUUAUGGCAUCGCGGAGAAGGAGGUACUGGUCUUGCGGAGGAUCCUGGAUCUUAACUACAAUGCCUUGGUCGGACGUCCGAUCCAUGUGUUGGCCCGACACUCUACUUUAGCGUGGCGCUCCAGAUCCACAGCCUUGCAGGGACGGUUAGCUCUCGAGAUCACCAAGUGUGUCAACGGUGAAGAUGAAAUCCUAAGAGCAUUGGCCGCUAGUAUUACGCCUAGAUCAGACGUUGGUCUCGAUUGCUCCCAAAAAGGAGCCGCGGCGCAAGAUCCAGGCUCCGAUCCCCAUGAUGAGCAUUUAUAUGCUGCUAGAUUCGAUGGACCCGCUCGUGUCAGGAGAGGUGGAGGCGCUUACAGCCCGAACUUGUGGAAAUUGCCUGCAUGGAGGGUGUUAAAAGCUAGAUCUGGCUACGCGGAAGGUCUGACAGAAGAUUUAGAUCCACGACGUCUAGUGAUCUGCGGAGACUCGAAUCUGGUGAUCCAGCAAGUACGAGGUGAGAUUGACUGUAAGGCACCGGGUCUGACACUACUACGCCAGAGGGCACUGGAUCGACUACGAAUUUGGCCGGAUCACAAGUUGUUGCAUGUUAAACAAGAUUGGAAUGGGAGUGCCGACGGCUUAGCGGGUGCCGCGCUGCAACGGCAAUGUGGGAUCGAAGGUCUAGUGACCUUCAGUCGGUUGGACGAGGUCCUGGUGGCGAGGGUCGGAGAUGAGGUCGCUCAGAUAUUUGCUGUGACGACCCGAUCUAAGGCUAGAUCCGGAGAAGUUGUGAGAGAACUGCGGAUCGAGCAAGUACGGCAAACACAGGAUGAGGAGUCGUGGAUCUCAGGCCUGAAUAAAUCUGAGAUCUGGCACAAGAAGCCGCAAAGUGGAUCAGUCGGAUCUACUCUUCUAUUUCCCGACGACUACGGAGGCUGCCACGGAUCGAAACAAGUUUAUGCGAUUGGUGGUCAUUGA